AGCCACGUAUGCCAUCAAUCCAUUGCAGAUCUCAGAACAAUCCUAUUCCUCCACUAGUUUUCCCUGUGAUCUACCCUAAUUGAAUUUCCAUUAGCUAUCCUCUCCCUGUGCCCUGUGGAUAUCAUCUAUCGCCCAAGCACACAGUACAAUUUAGAGCGGCCUAUUAACCUACCAACCCAAAAGUGCCAUGGUACUUAGUGCUCUACUUUAGUUUGCUGGCCAAAAAGCAGAAGAACUGUGGUUUCUUUGAAACCACAAGCCAAAUUGAAAUUUCAGCCUGUUUUUCAAAGCAUCUUCCCAAUGCUGUUAUUAAUCUCAAUGUUCCAUCUUGUGGCUGCAAUUCGGAGUUGCAGUGCCCUUCUUUGCCACAUUCCUUUCCACCUGAUACCACCAGAUGGAGAUGUAACAACCAUUCGUUAUUCAUUUGUUCACUCAUUUUGUACCAUGUUGUAUGACGUGGACAGUCAUGACCAUGAUUGUUCUUGGCAAAUUUUUCUAUAGAAAUAACUUAUCAUUGCCUUCUUCUUGGCAGUCUUUACAAGACCGGUGACCCCAGCCAUCAUCAAUACUCUUCGGAGAUUGUCUGCCCAAUGUCAGUGGUUGCAUAAACAGGAUUUGUGAAAUGCACCAGCUGCUUAUACGACUAUCCACCACCUGUUCCCAUUUGUUAUGAAAACUCUGAUAAUCUGCUCUCUGAACAUUGAGAAAUCCUGAUGGUUUGGAACAUGGCUCAAUAGAUGAUGCUUGCCAUGUUCCUUUCCAAGUCCUCAACUUCGUAGGGAUCUGCCUAGUACCCUGCAAGCAAAGCUCAGAAAGCAAGGUCCUUGUCUAGUUUGUAUAAAAAAAAUUUAAAAAAAGAGACCAUGAGAUCAAAAGACAUAGGAGCAGAAUUUAGCCAUUCGACCCAUCAAGUCUGCUCCUCCAUUUCAUCAUGGCUGAUUUAUUAUCCCUCUCAACCCCAUUCUUCUGCCUUCUCCACAUAACCUUUGACGUCCUCACUACCAGCCUCCACUUUAAAUCUACACAGUGACUUGUCCUCCAUCAGUGGCCAUGGAAAUGAAUUCCACAGAUUCCCUAUCCUCUGGCUUAACAAAUUUCUCCUCAUCUGUUCUAAAAGUAUGUCCCUCUGGUCCUAGACUUCCUCCAUUAUAGGAAACAUCCUCUCCGUAUUCACUCUAUCUUGGCUUUUUAGUAUUCUAAAGGUUUCAAUGAGAUCCCCUCAUUCUUCUAAACUCCAGCGAGUACCAGUCUAGAGCCAUCAAAUGCUCUCAUACUUUAAGCCCUCCAGGCUUGACAAGAAGCUCAGAGACCUCGGCCUUCACCCUGCCUUGUGCAGCUGGAUCCUGGACUUCGUCAGAUUGCCGACAGGUGGUAAGAAUGGGCUUCCUCACUUCUGCCCCUCUGAUCCUCAACACAAGAGCUGUGUCCUAAGCCUCCUCCUUUACCCUCCGUACACCCGAGACUGUGUUGCCACCCACAGCUCCAAUCUGCUAAUUAAAUUUGCAGAUGACACUACAUCGAUUGGCCUAAUCUCAAAUAAUAACGAGGCAGCCGAAAGAGAAGAGGCCAUCACCCUGACACAGUGGUGUCAAGAAAACAACCUCUCCCUCAACGUCGCAAAAACAAAGGAGCUGGUUGUGGACAGAGACAGGUUCAUCCCUAUUGAUCUGGGGCGGAGAGGGUGAACAGCUUUAAUUUCCUCGUAAUACACAUCACCGAGGAUCCUACGUUGUCUCUACCAGCUGUAUGGAAUUGAAAAUCCUGGAUUUAUCUCACAAUAAACUGGUCUCUGCCAGUCUGGGAGUGCUUCAGCAAUUACCGAAGCUGCAAAGACUGGCGCUGUCCGCAAACAAAAUUGUGCAGUUGAAAUCAAACGAUUUUGCCAUCCUCAGCAAUACCACGUUGUACCAGUUGGACCUGUCCUUCAAUAAACUAACUCAGUUUGAUCGUAAAUGUUUCCGCACAAUUGGAAGCUUACGCAGUCUGGUUUUAGAUGACGUUACUCUGCAGCAUGGUGUCACCGAGCAACUUUGUGAAGAAUUGUCAGGAACAGAUAUUGCCACACUUUCUCUGAGGAACACACAUCUGAAAUUAGAGCAGAAAACUUUUGCUGGAUUAGCAAAAACCAAGUUAAUAUCUCUUGACCUGUCCAACAAUAAGUUAACCACGCUGCCAGGCAACUUGUUUCAAUGGUUGCCUCACUUGGAGAAUCUUUCUCUUGAAGACAACAACAUCAGACAUAUUGGCAAUGAAACUUUUGCUGGAUUAGGUAAUUUAAAAAGCUUGAACCUUAAGAAAAGCCUCAAAGGACAGGACAUCUCAGACAAAGUACAAUCCAGUAUUGAUGACUACUCCUUUCAAGGGUUAAGGAAUUUAAUCCAUCUCAAUUUAGAAGAUAAUACUAUUGUAGGUAUAAAGAACCAUACCUUCUCUGGCUUAGUAAGUUUGAAAUACCUGAGCAUGUAUAACUGUUUGGUGGAUUUUAGGACAAUAAAUAAUGAAACUUUUCUGUCCCUUACCAAGUCUCCCCUCAUUAACUUAAACCUGACAAAAACAAAGAUUUCAAGGCUUCAGGCUGGUGCAUUUUCCAUCUUCAAUAGGCUGAGGAAACUGGACCUAGGCCUCAAUUUUAUUUCUCAGACCCUUACUGGAGAGGAAUUCCAAGGGCUGAAUGCAAUAGAGGAGAUAUACCUAUCAUUUAACUUCAAACUGACUUUAUCAUCAUCGUCCUUUGAGAAUGUUCCUUCGAUAAAAAUCUUAAUGCUUAGCAAGUCAAAGAUUUCAACACUGAACUUCCAACCUUCACCGUUCCAUCUUCUUCAGAAUCUCACAGUCCUUGAUCUUAGCAACAAUAAUUUGGCUAAUUUACAUAAAGAUGUUUUCAGUGAUCUCCUGCGGCUUCAGGUAUUAAAGUUACAACACAAUAACUUGGCACGUCUCUGGAAAAGUAUUAAUCCCGGUGGUCCAGUUCUUUACCUUCAUGGUUUGAAGGAGCUUCGGAUACUUGAUUUGCAAUCAAGUGGAUUAGAUGAGAUUCCGGAAAAGGCCUUUCAGGGAUUAUUUAAGCUAGAAACUCUGGAUUUAAGUUUGAACGACAUAAACUUCCUUCCAGAUCAUGUAUUUGAUGACUUAGAAUCUCUCAAGUCCCUAUAUUUGCAGAAAAAUCUUAUUACCUCUGUUGCAAAAGAUGUUUUCGACCAAGUGUUUAGCAACUUAGCAGCUCUCUACAUGGGAUUUAACCCUUUUGAUUGCACUUGUGAAAGUAUUUCCUGGUUUGUUACUUGGCUCAAGAAGACCAAUAGCAGUAUCCCUGGCUUGAAAAAUCAAUAUAUUUGCAACACUCCUCUGAGUUACCACAACAGUAGUGUUGCAGCUUUUGACACCUCUCUCUGCAAAGAUCACGUCCCAUUUAAGAGUGCUUUCAUAAUUAGCAUUAGUGCUAUAUUUAUAUUUGUAUUCACUGUGCUAAUGGUUCAUUUCCAAGGCUGGAGGCUGGAAUUUUACUGGAAUGUUUCUGUUAAUCAGAUGUUUGGAUUUAAAGAAAUAGAUCAUUUAGAAAUCCAAUUUAUGUAUGAUGCUUACAUCAUCCAUGCCAAAAAUGACAGCGAGUGGGUCAAUGAUAACCUGAUGCCUUUGGAGAAAUGUGAGCAAUUUGAAUUCCAAUUUUGCCUAGAGGAGAGGGACUCUGAAGUUGGAAUUUCUGAACUGCAGUCCAUUGUGGACAAUAUAAGCAGAAGCAGGAAAAUCAUCUUUGUCGUGACUGUGGAGCUUCUGAAGGAUCCAUGGUGCAGAAGGUUCAAGGUCCAUCAUGCAAUGCAGCAAGUGAUUCAGCAAAGCAGAGAUUCCAUUAUUUUGAUCUUUUUGCAAGACAUCCCCGAUUACAAAUUGAACCAGAUGCUUUGCCUCCGAAGAGGAAUGUUUAAAUCACACUGCAUUCUUAACUGGCCUGUCCAGAAUGACCGAAUAUCAGCCUUCUACCAGAAGUUUAAGGUUGCUCUUGGCUCAAGCAACCGAGUACAGUAAUCUUUUUAUAGAUGUAUAAAACCAAUGAUGAUGACUCUAAACUUUGGGUUAAAAAUUUAAGAAGGUUUGUCUUGGGCAAAAUUAGCAUCAAAUGUGUUUCUUCCCCCCCCCCCAAUUUGCUUUACAAAUUCAGUGAUCAAAUUUCUUUCCCAGUUACAUUGUACCUGCUUGAAACUGUUGGAAGUGUCAAUGGACAGUUUUAUUUUGCUGUACAAAUGCAUUGGAGGUUAACUAAGGAGGUUAAUCAGCAAAACAUUUGCUUAUCUCAACACAGAAAUCUCCAUUCAAAUUGAACCCCCGCUCCCCAGAUGGUUAGACAUUGCAUACAAUUCUGAUCCCUAAAAGUGGCUUUUGGAAUUAUGUGGAGCUGAGGAGAAAUCAAAUAAAAUUUUCAUCAUUUCAUGAAAGCAGUAAGAUUGAAUCUUCUGAAACCAAGAAAGAAGAGUUACCUUUGGGAACAUAGUUUAUCUUUUCUCUUGUAAAUGGGAGGCAGGCAAGGCCAGUAUUCAUUGUCCAGGUUUAAUUGCCUCAAAGGAGAUAGAAAUGGGUCUAUUCAACUGCUACAGUCAUAUAGCAAAGGUCCUCUCUCAGUGUGGAUUUGUAAGAAGUUGUGAAGAAGGAACUUUAAUAGAGUUCCAUGUGGAUGCCUCGGAAUGGAGCUGACAGACUCCCAUAUUCCUAUAUAUGCCCUACAGUCACCUGGAUUAAAAACUUGCUGUUUCAAGAAAUGUCAUAGGAACUUGGGCAAAUUGUUGCAGGUGGUGGUGAAAGUGAGUGGUUAAGGUGAAUCUGGGUUGGUGAUGAUAAAAUCAACUUCAGCAUCAAGCUACUGAAAUGUAGCUGAAGUUUUUAUUUACAAACCUGACCUUUUGCUUAAAUGGGGUAAUGGCUUUGGGAGGGUCAGGGAGAAUCAUUGACUGUCAGAUGCACAAUACUUCAGUGCCUAUUACAUUUCUAGAUUAUGAUUAUCUCGGGGAUGUAGAUGGCUGAGGAUUUGAUAAUGAUAAUGAUAUUUAAUGUCAUGAAAAGGUGGUUUUGGUAGAGAUCAUUGUUUAAAAACUGUUUAAAACAUCUCUAUACUAUGUUAUGUUUUGGAUAAACAUUGAUUCAUUGUACAUAAAUAUCUGUGAAAAUACCCUCCAUUAAGGCUGAGCUAAUACUUAUUCUAGUGUUUCUGUUUUGAACUUGUAUUUUAAGUAUUAAGUUCACCAAAUUCCAUAAUUGUCUCUAUGAUCAUAGAAGCAAAUGUAACAAGUUUGAUCACCCAUCCAUCAUACUUGUGAAUGCUGCUGUAAAAUUGCUCCAUUUUUCUUUCAUUUGUGCUUACUGAUUUUGAAACAAUCUUUAUAAAAUACAGAAACACUC